GCCAAGUGAGCAGGAGAAAGACGUUCUCCUCUUGAAGUGUUGGAUGUAUGUCAACUCAAACAAGAAGUCGUCACUAAGAAUAUAAUCUGGAUUCCGCGAUGUUUAUUUGAAAGUUUCCCCGAUCCGAAUUGAUUUGGUUCGGACAAGGGGAGACUUUAAUGGAUGGAUUGUUUAUGUGGGACCUGCUAGGAUGGACGUGGUAGAUGAAACAGAAGCGUUACAGAGAUUUUUUGAAGGUCAUGAUAUUAUCAGUUCUCUGGAGCCAGCCAACAUUGACACCAGUAUCCUGGAAGAGUACAUCAGCAAGGAGGACGAUAGCACUGACAUCUGUUUCUCAGAGGUCCACAGCACCCCAGGACCAAAUUACUCAUCUCCCCAGGCAGGAGUGUCCUCCUCUGGGGGGUUGGUGUGUGGUGUGAGCCCUCCUAUUCCACUUCGCCAAGGAGCCCCUCUGCCUGGGCCUCCUAACUGUCAGAACGCCUACCCCCCAGGUCCAUCCCUGGGCCUCCGACACAACUACCUCUGCCUGGGGCAGCAACAACAGCAGCAGGAGCAACACCAACAACAGCACCAGCAGCAGCACCAGCAGCAACAGCAGCAACAGCACCAACAGCAGCAACAGCAGCAACAGCAGCAACAGCAGCAACAGCAGGCGCACGUCUCGCCUGAGCACAGGGGCCACUACGCUCCGGGGACACUACCUGAGUCCCCUCCAGACUCCAGCUCAGAGCCGUACUCUCCUCAGCAGGUGAAUGAUCCUCACAUGAUCAGGACCAUGACACCAGAGAACAUGUGUCACAUGACUCCAACGCCACCCGUCCCACCACAUGGGCACUAUCCCAGCAUGCAUCGGGACAUGUACCUGAAGCCUGAGCCCAUGAUAUCACAGUAUUCUAUUGGUCCAGCGACAAGCGGAAGUGGAGACUUGCAGCAGACUCAGAUGCUCCAUCAGCUGCUGCAGCAUCCUCAGGGGCAGGACAGCAUCCCCGCUCACCAGGCUAAGAAGAGGAAGCACUCUGACUCUCCAAACAGCACCCUCAAUUCCCAAAUCCUCACAGGUAUCAUCAAACAAGAACCAGGUUUAAUGCAGGAUGCAGACAACUCCUACAUGGACCCAAACUAUCAGUGCAUCAAAUGGCAGCCUCACCAGCAGAACAAGUGGACACCACUGUAUGACGUAAACUGCAAAGAACUUCCAAUGCCAACCUACCGUGUCGAUGCUGACAAGGGCUUCAACUUCUCCUUGGCUGAUGAUGCUUUUGUUUGCCAGAAGAAGAAUCAUUUCCAGGUCACAGUAUAUGUAGGCAUGCUGGGAGAUCCCAAGUACAUCAAGACAAGUGAUGGCCUGCAGCCCAUCGACUGCUUCUAUCUCAAACUCAACGGAGUAAAGGUGGAGGCAGUGAAUCAGUCUAUCAGUGUGGAGCAGUCACAGUCUGACCGCAGCAAGAGACCCUUUAAGCCGGUGAUGAUCACCCUGCCCUCAGAGCAGGUCACAAAGGUCACAGUGGGACGGCUCCACUUCAGUGAGACUACGGCAAAUAACAUGAGAAAGAAGGGCAAACCCAACCCUGACCAAAGGUAUUUCAUGUUGGUGGUGGCGCUGCAAGCUCAGUCCCACAGUCAGAGCUACACUGUGGCCGCUCAAGCGUCUGAGAGGAUCAUCGUCAGGGUAACGUCUGGCCAUGCAUCCAACCCAGGCCAGUUUGAAAGUGACAGCGAGGUGCUGUGGCAGCGUGGCCAGCUGCCAGACUCGGUCUACCACCAAGGGAGAGUCGGCAUCAACACCGACCGGCCGGACGAAGCCCUUGUUAUCCAUGGCAACCUGAAGGUCAUGGGCUCACUGGUACACCCGUCUGACAUCAGGGCCAAAGAAAAUGUCCAGGAGGUCAACACGACAGACAAUUUGAAACGGAUUUCUCAGAUGAGGCUGGUCCAUUAUCAAUACAAGCCUGAGUUUGCUGCCUCCGUGGGCAUAGAGAGAACUCCAGAGACCGGAGUGAUCGCUCAAGAUCUUCAGCGAAUCUUGCCUGAAGCAGUGAAGGAGGGGGGUGAUAUCGUGUUCGCCAACGGAGAAACUAUCCCCAAGCUGUUAGUGGUCAACAAGGACCGUAUCUUCAUGGAGAACGUGGGAGCGGUGAAGGAGCUGUGCAAGCUGACGGACAACCUGGAGACUCGUAUCGACGAACUGGAGCGCUGGAGCCGCAAACUGGCCAAGCUGCGUCGUCUCGACAGCAUGAAGAGCACUGUGAGUGGAAGCACUGUCAGCCAAUCAGGGAGUUAUUUCAGCAGAACAGGAAGUGGCCCACUCGGGAAGAAGACAGUCAAACCUGGAAGCAAGAAUUCUGCUCCAGAUCCAGGCUGCAUCAGCCAGAGGUUCAUGCAGGGAACCAUAUUGGCACUGGUCAUUGUCAUGGCCUUCAGUGUCAUUUCCAUGUCCGUCCUUUAUGUGUUGACUCUUCACCAUAGAGGAGACGUCACAGACAAAGAUGGCUAUGUUCCUUCCUGUGUUCUCUACAUCUCUUGGAUGCCCAUCUUCACUGCCUCUGUAACUUUCUGUCCACCUGUCUGCCCAUGGUCCAGAGUCGCACUGGGAUCCUCACGUAAGAGUUCAUAUCCUCCAUUGUCCACCACCCCUGCACCAGCUUGCUGUUCAACUACAGCCAUAAACAACCAAUCAGCUACAUUGAGUAACAACCAAUCCACACCAGAUUUAGGCAGCCCGGUUCCCACACCAGGACCCAUUAAUAAGAAGGCCAAGUCCAGACCAAUGGACAAAGACAGCCGCAAUAGAAACCGUCUGAGUCACACCUCAGCACCGUUGUUCUUUGCCAAGUCCAAGAGGCCAGCAACGACAGACCUGGGCGAAAUGGGAGGUACCAACCGUCUGCCUCCAGGUCAGCCGCCACUGCCACGCAGACAGCGCAGCCUACACACAAAGGGAGGAAGGUCAGCUCCCUCUCUGACUAGUCUACAUAUCGUAGAGACAAACCAAGAGAUUUCAGCACACAAGUGCUCCACACCUGAAAGCUGCAGCUACACAGUAUCACUCCAUGGAAACAGAAAUUCCUCCAAAUCACAAAUCACUUUGCACAUGAUGUCCACGAACAGCGUAUGGGUACGACAAUGUGGAGCCACCAAGGGACGCUUAUGCCCCAACCACACAGAGACAGAGCUCUACGGGGGACAGCGUUCAUCAACAAAGGGGACUCAUCACCUGUGGUCCGUACCCUUGUUGUCCUUCCAGGACAUCACCUAUCACUUCCGUGUCUCUCUGUCUAGUGAAGUGAGCUGUGCCACUGAAGGAGAAACCUCUUCCUACUCCGACUACCACUUUCUCAUUCAAAGCAGCUGUGUUUGA